AUGUUCUGCCUUUCCUCAGCUCAAGCAGCACCAGUAGCUUCACCGUCUCUGCCGCCAUACCCUUACCCCCAGCCUCGUCACAGUUUCUGUUUUAAUGACAUUCUCACGGCCGUGACAACACCUUCCCUCGAAAUCUAUCGUGCCUUGAUCACCAGGUCCCGGCAUACCUCCAGGUCGAGCAUCGCCAACGACAUCCGCGACACCAUUUCCCAAACCCCAGCGAGCUCUUCCGAUCCUUCGCCUUCGAAAGCAGAAGUCGGGUCAAGCGCAGAUUCUUCGCGCUCCUCUUCGCGUCGCCACAGCGCCCACCUUCUCGCUCGCUCGGUUCAGUUCGAGCAAUCUUCUAACGGCACUGUAACCAGUGUCUUCGACUCUUCUACGCUCCAAUCGAUCGCCCAAUCAUCUGCCUCUGAUGGCAGCGGAACAGGUCUCUGGGGCUCCGUACCGACAAUUAUCUGGCUAGUGUUUUCUUUUACGUUCGGGGUGCCUAUGGCACUCGCAGGUAUCAGAGGAUGGAGAUUCACAGUUGGAAGUGCGGUAGGACUUGCAUUGGGCAUGGCUUCAUGGGCCGCCCUGAUAAACACACUCUCCGCCUCUGGCAUUUCUGAUCUACCUCUCACACUCAUCGUCCUCGGUUUCGUCCUCUUCGGCUUCGGACUUGGCCUUUUCUCCUUCAUGCGCGUCGGUGGCGUGGCCCUUCUAGGCGUUAUUGGUGGCAUAGCUUUCGGUCUGCGGAUAGUCAUAGUCAAGGACGGGCUGUUGGUCUCCAGUAGAGAAUUUUACUUCGUGAACUGGAUAAUCGUUUUGGUUUUCGCGGCGGUUGGUGGGGCAGGUGUGAUGAUACGGCAGAGGAUCGGAAUCCUUUUAAGCUCAGCAAGCGUUGGAACAUUCCUAACCGGCCUAGGGAUAGACCUCAUCAUCAAUGACCUGGAUGGCUGGAGUCGUGGCCUUCGCUUUCUCUUCGAUCGCAACACUGCCCAUCUCGCUGACACUAUCACAAAUGGCUACCAUCCCGCAAUCUCCAGCCAGAUCAUAAUCGCCGUCACCUGCGCCCUAAUCCCCCUCCUCGCACUCAUCCAAAAUCGCAUCUUCCGCGCUCCCUUCAACCGCGAUCGUCCCGAAUCAUGGAUCCUCCAAUCAGUCUACGAAGAUGAUGGGCUGAUCCCGAACCCCAAUGACCCCAGCGGCGGGACUGGGGACGCAGUAUGGCCAAACGGCGAGAAGGGCUUGGAUAUUGGGCAGGGAAAUAUGGCGAUGCAGCAAGCACCACCGGGGCCGGUUACGGCGAAGGCGGGGAGGUGGUCGAUACAGAGGGCCUUGACGAAGAGUCGGUUUAGUUUUACGUGA